GGGGUGGGACUUGAACAUGGCGGCGGUGGUAGCGGCUACGGCGCUGAAGGGCCGGGGGGCGAGGAACGCCCGCGUCCUCCGGGGGAUUCUCGCAGGAGCCACAGCUAACAAGGCUGCCCAGAACAGGAGCAGAGCCCUGCAGAGCCAGAGCUCCCCGGAGUGCAAGGACGAGGCUGAGCUGGAGUACAUCCCCAGAAAGAGGGGCAAGAACCCCAUGAAAGCUGUGGGACUGGCCUGGUACAGCCUGUACACCCGCACCUGGCUCGGGUACCUCUUCUACCGGCAGCAGCUGCGCAGGGCUCGGAAUCGCUACCCCAAAGGCCACUCCAAAACCCAGCCCCGCCUCUUCAAUGGAGUGAAGGUGCUUCCCAUCCCCGUCCUGUCGGACAACUACAGCUACCUCAUCAUCGACACCCAGGCCCGGCUGGCUGUGGCUGUGGACCCUUCAGACCCUCGCGCUGUGCAGGCUGCCAUUGAGAAGGAGGGUGUCACCUUGGUUGCCAUUCUCUGCACCCAUAAGCACUGGGACCACAGUGGAGGGAAUCGCGACCUCAGCCGGCGGCACCAGGACUGUCGGGUGUACGGGAGCCCGGAUGAUGGCAUUCCCUACCUCACCCACCCCCUAUGUCAUCAAGACGUGGUCAGCGUGGGACGGCUGCAGAUCCGGGCCCUGGCCACCCCUGGCCACACACAAGGCCAUCUGGUCUACCUACUGGAUGGGGAGCCCUACGAGGGUCCCUCGUGCCUCUUCUCGGGGGACCUGCUCUUCCUCUCUGGCUGUGGACGGACCUUUGAGGGCACCGCAGAGACCAUGCUGAGCUCACUGGACACCGUGCUGGGGCUGGAGGAUGACACCCUGCUCUGGCCUGGUCACGAGUACGCCGAGGAGAAUCUGGGCUUUGCCGGCGUGGUGGAGCCCGAGAACUUGGCCCGCGAGAGGAAGAUGCAGUGGGUGCAGAGGCAGCGGAUGGAGCGCAGGAGCACGUGCCCGUCCACCCUGGGAGAGGAGCGCUCCUACAACCCGUUCCUGCGGACCCACUGCCUGGCGCUGCAGGAGGCUCUGGGGCCAGGCCCCGGUCCCACCGGGGACGACGGCUGCUCCCGGGCCCAGCUCCUGGAGGAGCUCCGCCGGCUGAAAGACACGCACAAGAGCAAGUGAUGCCCCGGCCCCCGCAGCCCAGCCCACCUCACGGUGGGAGCCGCCCAUCACCUGCACCUGACCCGCUCUCCCUCCUGGCUAACUUCACCCCUGCAUCGGGCCCCCUGUGGACAGAAUUCCCCACGCUGGCCAGGGGCAGGGGAGGGACAGGGCCGUGGGGGAAGGGGGGGGCCCUCAGGACAUCUCCAGACCCCACCAGCCAGGAGGGCCCCUCCCCCCCCUCCCUCCCUGGCCUCAUGGAGGCCCCGGAAGCCAGGGUCUGGAGUCGGGGAAGAAAUCCAGCCCCCCCCCCAGGUGGCCUCAGGUGUGGGAGAGUGACCUUCAGGGCAGCCAGACUCAGGUUUCCUGGGCCCCAGGCCCUCCCCUGUCCCCCUGCCCUACCUGCCUGCCAAAGCGUUUCUGAGAGCCAUGCCCGCGAACAGAACACCGAAUCGGCUGGCCGCAGGUCUGGCUGCCCUGCCUGUCGCUGCCGCCCGUGGCUCCCCAGCAGCCGAGGGUGGAGUCUCCUGUUUGCCAAGGAAGCCUCAGGCCCCGGGCUUGUGGAGCCGCGCAGGACACGGAGCCCAGACUCUCCCUGCAUGCCGCUCGCUGGCCUCCGCCCCUGCCCUCCUUCCCCGAGGCGGAGAGCCACGGAGGGCCAGGGCCGCUGCAGCUUCUCCCCCUGACCCUUAGUCUAGGAGCUGCCGCCCGCCUUCCUCGGUCGCACCUGCUUCCCCCCCGCCCCGCCAGCCCCUCGGCCCCGGGAGCUAAUAAAGAUUUAUUUUUCAGCCUCUACCUUCGCCAUGUGCCAAGGACACGCCCAUGUGGGUUCCCAUUGGCUCGUCAGCCCCGUGCGGGCUGGCUGGGGGCGGGGCUAGAAACGGGCCGCCCGGGAGCCGGGAGCCCCAGGGAGCGGCAGCUUCCGGGACUCCGGCCUGGGCACUUCCGCUGCUCGCUCCGCCUCGGGCUCGGCCUUCCCUGCUCGCGGCGCCCGGGAUCGUUGGGUGGCAGUGAGGAGCCAUGUGGUCCUCAGGCAGGCCGGCCCUCAGAGACAGCCGAGAGCCGUCUCUUCCCGGCUCGAAGGCUUCCUCGGGCUCCGCUCCAAGAUGCCCCCUCACCGUCUGGCCUCUGCCACCCUCUACAGCCACGGCCCCUGGCACCCCCUCUAGCAAUACCUCCAGACGAGUAAGAGCCCCCGCGACACGCACCUCUGCCUCCGUGCCUUCGCUCACGCUGCCCUUCAGACUGGAAUGCCUUCCCUCGCUUCGCCGGCCUUGUCUGCCUGGCGCAACUACUCAUCUCACCAGCCCCUCCAAGACCACCCCCGCCCAGGAAGGCAGCCCCCAAAACUCUCCCCUCCCCCAGGCUACCUCCGCACUUUGUAAAUGCUUCUGCCCUGGCACCUGGCACCCCGUGUUUCACUUGUUUACAUGUUUGUCUCCCCUUCUAGACUGUGAAUCCUUAAGGGCAUGGACUGUAUCUUAUGCAUCUCUCUGUUUCUGCGCCUAGCACGGUGCCUGGCACACAGUAGGCGCUCAAUAAAUGUUGAAUGAAUGAUUUCACCAAG